AUGGACUCGGUCGAGCUAGGCAACCUCGACCGAUUGGUCUAUGAGAUGCUCCAAACCGCCAUCAACAGAGAUAAGGCACUGUCCCACCACCUGUUCAGAACCACAACUUUGAGAUCAAGCUGGAAGGCCUUUCUUGCUAAGUUUUUCUCCACCGGUCGCACAGCGAAGCUAAGGAGUGAGAUAUCGAGCUUCAUACAUAGGAACAAUGAGACAUUUGCUGAGGCUUGGGAGAGGUUCAAGGGCUACACAAGUCAGUGCCCUCAUCAUGGCUUCAACAAUGAGUCUUUGCUCUCUACUGUUUAUAGAGAAUGCUUGGCAAGAUAUAGAGAGAUGUUGGACACAGCCAGCAAUUGGAACUUCCUGAAUAGGGCUAGGUGUAUCCUUGCUCUGUUUUGGAGAAGCAUUCAUGUCGAUGCUCUACUCUGCAUCUUCAUCAUGUAG